AUGAAAUCAUUCAUGAUGCUUUUUGCCCUGGCGGCCAGUGCGAUGGCAGUGCCAACAGCUUAUGAAUAUCAAUUGCACGAACGUCGUGGUUCCAUCCUACAAUCUUGGGCUGAAGGCAAGAAACUCGAUGGAAAUGUGUCAUUACCUGUGCGAAUCGGGUUGACACAGUCUAACCUAGAGUAUGGCCAUGAACUACUUAUGGACUUAUCUAACCCUUACUCGAGCCGCUACGGACAGCAUCUGUCUACCAAUGAAGCGCGCGACCUAUUUGCCCCGACCGAAAAGAGCGUGAAUCGUGUGCGUUCUUGGUUGGAGUCGGCUGGUGUUGCAAAAGACCGUAUCACGCGGUCAGCCAACAAGCAAUGGAUCCAGUUUGAUGCUGAUGCCGAGGAGCUCGAGAAUUUGUUGCACACAAAGUACUAUAUCUACUCACAUGCUGAAACGGGUCGAUCACACGUAGCCUGUCGCGAAUAUCAUCUCCCGAGCUCCGUGCGUGAGCAUGUCGACUAUAUCACUCCAGGAAUCACUUUGCGUGAGGUGACUGGUGCCCGGAGAUCGACCGACGGGCAGAAACGCUUCGCUGAUGGGAUUCCCCCAAUUCUUAAGCCGAUCCCCCUACCAAUUGAAAGGCUGGUGGGCGAGGCGGCGUCCUUUUGUUCCCAGGCCAUUACACCCCAAUGCAUUCAACAGAUGUAUAACAUCAGUGAUGGCCACUCUGCCACAAAAGGAAAUGAAUUAGGAAUCUUUGAGACCAUCGGGGAUGUUUACGCUCAGGAAGAUCUAAAUUUAUUCUUCUCGAGAUUGUAUUCAAAAAUCCCCAACAGCACACACCCAACUCUCAAGUCAGUUGAUGGUGGUCAGGCUCCUGUAGACAUUUCUCAUGCUGGGGCUGAAUCCGAUCUGGACUUCCAAAUCUCUUACCCGAUCAUCUGGCCACAGAACUCCAUCCUUUUCCAAAGCGAUGAUAUGUAUUACGAGAAGCAUUAUACCUUCCAAGGUUUCCUGAACACGUUCUUGGAUGCCAUUGAUGGCUCUUACUGUAGUACCAUCUCGCCUUUGGAUCCUCCAUACCCCGAUCCAAAUGACGGAGGCUACAAGGGCUCCCUGCAAUGUGGCAUAUACGACCCACCUAAGGUCAUCUCGAUUUCCUAUGGCUCUGCCGAGGCAGACCUCCCUAUUUCCUAUCAGCGGCGACAAUGUGCUGAGUUCAUGAAGCUAGGUACAAUGGGAGUUUCAGUGGUGGUUGCUUCGGGCGAUUCUGGUGUGGCUGGACGUGGAGGUGACCCCACCCCCAGCAACUGCCUUGGCCCAAAUGGCAACAUCUUUACUCCAGAUUUUCCUGCUUCCUGUCCAUAUCUUACUGCGGUGGGAGGCACUGAAAUCCCCGCAGGUUCCUCGCCAGAAGAUCAUAAGGAGCAAGCUGUGACUAGGUUUGCAUCAGGUGGUGGCUUUAGCAAUAUUUACAAAGCCCCUGAUUAUCAGGCCCAGGCUGUUGCAGAUUACUUUACUUUGGCCAAGCCCUCAUACCCAUACUAUGAGGGCGUGGACAACAGUAGCUUCGGCGAGAAUGACGGGAUCUAUAACCGGAUCGGACGUGCCUAUCCAGAUGUUGCCGCCAUUGGUGACAAUGUCAUCAUCUAUAACAGGGGAAUGGCCGUGUCGAUUGGUGGGACAUCGGCCUCUGCACCUAUAUUCGCUGGAAUCCUCACUCGCAUCAACGAGGAGCGACUGGCCGCUGGCAAGUCCACUGUUGGUUUUGUUAACCCUGUACUGUACGCCCAUCCGGGGGCAUUCUUUGACGUGACCAAGGGCACAAAUGCGGGUUGCAACACUGACGGCUUCUCUGCGGCUAAGGGUUGGGACCCAGUGACCGGAUUGGGUACCCCAAAUUAUUCCGAACUUUUGAGGAUUUUCAUGAGCCAGUAG